UCUUUAUUCUGCUGUUAGUGACCAGCUGGAGUUGCUACAUGGUAAAAAGAUCAGUGUAGAAAGACUAAGAGGAGAAUGUGGUAGCCAUAUUGAAGCUAAUACUGAACUCUUCAUGUCAUUUAUAACUAAUCCUGACACUGGAGACGCCUGUACUCCAGAAUAUUUUCAUUCGUAUUGCACUGAAAUAAAGGAAACCGCUGCUUGGGGAGGAGAAGCAGAGUUAGUUGCUUUGUCUCAAAUUUACAAACUGCCCAUUGUAAUAUACCAAUCUGAAGCUCCUGCACUGUUUAUUGGGGAUGGAGAUAAAUCAGAAAAAACAGAAUCUUUAAAAUUAUCGUAAGUUGUGUUACAUGUACAUGU